AUGGAAACAAAAAUGCCAGUUGCUGAAUUUUCCUUAGAUGGAUUGGCUGAUUCCUUAAUUUGUCAACUUGACCGUUCAAGAAUCUUUCCUCCUUAUCAUAACGAUGCAGAAGAAUAUGUUAUAGCAGCACAUUCAAAAAAUAAAAUACCGAAAAGGUCACCAAAUGCAUUUCUUCUUUGCCGUAAAAAUGUUCAUAAAGAAGCAAAACGACUUGGCGUUUCCAAUAUGCGAGUAAUAAGUAAAGUAACAGGUAUUCUUUGGCGCGAAUCAACUGUUGAAGAAAAAGAAGUUUAUGAAGAUCUUUCAGUAAUCGCCAACAGUCAUUAUAUCUCUAAUAGUAGAUAUAUGCCUUAUGCAAUUCCAUAUCCACUAUCUUCGCCUCAGAAUAUGUAUUUCCCACCUACUAAUAGCGUUAUACAAAAUAAUCUACCAGUUGAUAUCCUAUCCUUUAUGCAUAUGAUUCAACCAAAUCGUGUUCAUCAGCUUUAG